AUGAAUAUCACAAGCAACACAAUCUUGUUUUGGCCACUCUCCAUGCUAUUGUUAUCAGACGAAAGCCAGACGUCUAAAAUCGAAGUCAAAUGUAAUUUCACUGCAAAGAAUUAUGCUUUGAUUCCAGCAAAUAUCAAUAAAAAUGUUACUAUACUUGACCUCAGUUAUAACCAAAUUACUCUGAAUGUUACAGAUACAAGAGUUCUACAGAUAUACUUUUUACUCACUGAGCUCUAUUUGAUUGAGAACAAUGUCAUUCUCCUACAUAAUAAUAGUUUUGGUAACCUCUCCAAUCUAGAAAUUUUAAAUAUCUGUAGAAACUCCAUCCACAUAAUUCAACAGGGUGCCUUUACAGGCUUAGAUAAACUAAAACAGUUAUACCUCUGCCAAAACAAAAUAGUUCAACUGAAUCCUGAUAUAUUUGUGCCUCUAAAAAGCCUGAUACUAUUGAAUCUGCAAGGCAAUUUGAUAAGCUAUCUUGAUGUACCACAACUGUUUCAUCUGGAAUUCAUAAUUUUAUACGGAAAUCCGUGGAACUGCUCUUGUAGUCUACUGAAUUUGCAAAACUGGUUGAACACAUCGAAUGUGACACUAGAAAAUGAGAUCAUCACCAUGUGCAGCUAUCCGGAUAUACUGAAGUGCUACAAUAUCAAAACAGUACCUUACAAGGCUGAAUGCUACUCAAAAUUUCCUUCAUCUACAACUGAAGAUCUUUACAUUCAUUUUCAGUCCAUUAGCAAUUCAACAUUUAAUAGUUGUUUGAACAACUUAACAAGAAAUUCAGAACGUGAAUCUCAAGGAAAAAGCUGGGCUUUUCUUGUCGGUGUUGUGGUCACUGUACUGAUGACUUCACUCCUCAUUUCAAUUGCUAUCAAAUGUCCAGUAUGGUAUAAUUUUCUGCUUAGUUACAAUCAUCAUCGCCUGGAAGAGCAUGAAGCAGAAACCUAUGAAGAUAGUUUUACCAGAAAUCCAAGUCCUCCUUCACAGAUACCAGACACAAGCUCCGAAGAAACUACAGUAAUAUUUGAACAACUACAUCAAUUUGUGGUAGAUGAUGAUGGGUUUAUUGAAGACAAAUACAUAGAUACUCAUGAAUUACGUGAAAAAAAUUAA